AUGCCACAAAAACUGUUGUCAUACCAGUCUAUUUCAUAUUUAACGUUCGAAGCUAUACUAGAGGUUGUUAUCAUAUGUUUUGCCGGGUUUGUGGCCGCUAAGAGUGGGAUUUUGAAUACACAGGCCCAGAAGGUGAUUUCCCAAUUGAAUGUGGAUUUGUUUACGCCAUGUUUGGUUUUCACGAAGUUGGCACCUUCAUUAUCGUUUGAGAAGAUGGUUGAUAUUCUUAUAAUUCCGGUAUUCUACGCGGUAUCGACCGGGAUUUCAUACGGAUGUUCACAGGUGGUGGGUUGGAUGCUCAGAUUGAACAGUCCGGAAACAGACUUCAUUACGGCAAUGGCGGUGUUUGGGAAUUCCAAUUCGCUUCCGGUGUCUUUGACGUUGUCGUUGGCAUCGACAUUGCCCAAUUUGCUUUGGGAUGACAUUGAAGGCGAUACACCGGAUAAGGUUGCGUCGAGAGGUAUACUAUACUUGUUAAUAUUUCAGCAAUUGGGCCAGGUGUUGCGGUGGUCAUGGGGCUAUAACAAGCUUUUGCGAAAACGGUCACAGGAGGAAUUGGACUCCUAUUCGAAGUUAAACCAUGACGACGACCAGGAACGUGAUCUUGACGUCGGUGAUGAGCAGAGACCUUUAUUAAGCGACCCCGACAUGCGUGGUGCUCAUUUUGACACCAUUAAUGGCGUUGAUGUCGACUUGAACAACAGCAUUGCGGCGAAAAAUGAUUCGAAGAGCUUGUCGUAUAAGCCACCACGAACCGACUCAUCCAGCAGUAUUCUGAGUAAUGGCUCGCAGUCUUUGCCGGAAGAAAAUGUGUUCGUGGAACGUAUUUCCGACGACAGCGACGCUAAUUCAGACCAAGCAUCGACUGGCAUUCAUAAAAGACGUGCCCGUAUAUAUCAGUUAUGGUACGCCUUGAAGAGAUUGCCGGUCAUAAAGGAAUUUUUAGCAUUUAUGAAUCCGCCGUUGUAUGCCAUGUUAAUCUCGGUCGUUGUGGCAUGCGUUCCUGCUUUGCAAAGGGAAUUCUUCGUCGACGAGGAGUCUUUCAUUCAUAAUACACUUUCCCAAUCAAUCCAUCUGUUGGGAUCCGUUUCCAUCCCCCUUAUUUUAAUCGUGCUUGGAUCGAAUUUGUAUCCUUCCAAUGACAUGCCCCCACCAUCGAGACAUUACAAGCGUAUUGUGGUUGGAUCAUUACUUUCAAGAAUGAUACUACCUCCAUUUAUCUUGUUGCCUAUCAUUACCCUUUGUGUCAAGUUCUUUAAGGUUUCCAUUUUGGACGAUCCUAUAUUCUUGAUUGUUGCAUUUAUUUUGACUAUCUCGCCUCCUGCCAUUCAAUUGUCGCAAAUCACCCAGUUGAACAAUAUCUACCAAAAAGAAAUGUCAGGGGUGUUAUUCUGGGGUUACGUUGUAUUGACGUUACCAACUACCAUUUUCAUUGUAGUAACAAGUUUAGAAGUCUUGAAGUGGGCUACUACAUAG